AUGUCCGCCAAAUCUGCCAAUGGGAAGCGCACAUCGCCCGCGGUCAACUUGAUCGCUGGUGGUGGUGCCGGUAUGAUGGAGGCUCUUGUGUGCCACCCUCUUGAUACAAUCAAAGUCCGCAUGCAGCUCUCAAGGAGAGCUACAGCGCCUGGGGCUAAGCCGCGCGGGUUCGUGGCCACCGGUGCUCAAAUCGUGAAGAAGGAGACCGCUCUGGGUCUGUACAAGGGUCUGGGUGCUGUGCUCGGUGGUAUCAUUCCCAAGAUGGCUAUCCGAUUCACCUCAUACGAGGCAUACAAGGAAAUGUUGGCCGAUAAAGAGACAGGCCAGGUGACCAGCAAAGCCACAUUCCUGGCUGGUCUCUCCGCCGGUGUGACUGAAGCUGUGGCCGUCGUCAACCCCAUGGAAGUCAUCAAGAUUCGUCUGCAAGCCCAGCAUCACAGUCUGGCAGAUCCCCUCGACACCCCGAAGUACCGUAGCGCACCGCACGCCCUCUUCACCGUGGUCAAGGAAGAAGGUUUCAGCGUCCUGUACCGUGGUGUUUCUCUCACAGCUCUCCGACAAGGAACCAACCAAGCCGCUAACUUCACCGCGUACACGGAACUGAAGGCUGCUCUGCAGCGCUGGCAACCAGAGUACAGCAACAGCCAGCUGCCCUCAUACCAGACCACCUUGAUCGGUCUGAUCUCCGGUGCCGUCGGCCCCUUCUCUAACGCUCCCAUCGAUACCAUUAAGACUCGCCUGCAGAAGACCCGUGCCGAGCCCGGCCAGUCGGCUGUCUCUCGUAUCAUGGUCAUUGCCAAGGACAUGUUCAAGACCGAGGGAGCUCGCGCUUUCUACAAGGGUAUCACACCCCGUGUGAUGCGUGUUGCACCUGGCCAGGCGGUGACUUUCACCGUGUACGAGUUCCUCAAGGGCAAGCUGGAGGGAUCCAACUGGGCCUUCGUGGGUGGCAACUUUGAGGAGUAA